AUCUGACAGAUGCCGCAAAGAUGUUCCGUAUCGGAGUUCUAAUCAAAUUAUGAGAGUUUGCUGAAGGCAGAGGAAGGAGCUGUAAUCACAUUCCAAUUUCCAAAUGGGAGGAAUUAAGAAAGAUGUGGGCUUCUGUGAUUCCUGGGGUGCACUGGGGACCAACCAAGGGGUCGUUUGUUUGUAAAAGACACCUCGCAGACAGCGACGUUUUUCGUUUACAUCCAUACAAUUUGGAAGAUGGAACAGUUAAACAAAUACCCCUUGCACAUCUUACGCUCCGGGAUAAUGCUGUUUCUUCCACAUUCAACGGUGCAGCUUCGUAUCUUUUAAAGUUACUUACGAAAAAAGAAAUCUUGCCUAUUUUCACUAUUCCCAAGCAUCCACAUCUGCCCAGUCGUCUUCAUCUUCCUCCUCAUCCUCCUCUUCCUCUUCUUCAUCGUUUUCAAUAA